UAUGUUUUUGGUAUUGUUUUAAUGAAUUUCUUGGUCUCAUGUGCGUUUCAGAAGAACCUGCCAAUCAUCCAGUUGUCGUUCAACAGCCCGGCUGAUGGGGGCGCCCUACUCCACCAACUAAAAAUGACAGAGGCGGGGUCCUCCAACUGCUGCUUGGCAUCAGCACCGCCCCCCGGCGAGGCGGCGUUGGGUCUGGAGGAGAGCACAAAGCUGCUGGGCGUGCAGGUGGUCCUGAUCCUGGCAUACAGCGCCAUCAUCCUGCUGGGCGUGACCGGCAACAGCCUGGUCAUCUACGUGGUCUACAGGUUCAGGACCCUCCGCACCGUCACCAACUUCUUCAUCGUCAACCUGGCGGUGGCCGACCUGCUGGUCAACACGCUGUGCCUGCCCUUCACGCUGGCCUACACGCUCUACGGCGAGUGGAUGUUCGGCCGCGUGCUGUGCUUCGUGCUGCCGUGCGCUCAGGGCGCCGCCGUGCACGUGUCCACCAUCACGCUGAACGUCAUCGCGCUGGACCGCUACCGCAGCAUCGUCCGCCACACCGAGGGCAAGAUGUCCAGGGAGGUGUGCGCCGCCGUCAUCGCCCUCACCUGGGCCGUCAGCGCCCUCCUGGCCAGCCCCUUGGCCAUCUUCCGCGAGUACGGCACCUUCGAGUUCGCGCCCGGCGAGUCCCUGCAGGUGUGCGCGGAGAAGUGGCCGGAGGGCGGCGUGAACGGGAGCGUCUACAGCGUCUCCAUGCUGGUGCUGCAGUACGCCUUUCCGCUGGCCGUCAACUGCGUGGCUUACGUGAGCAUCUGGACCGCCAUGAAGAGCCGCAUGGCGGCGUGCAGCGGCCUGGAGGGUCGCCACCGGCGCCGGCGGAAGACCACCAAGAUGCUGGUGACCAUGGUGGUGGUGUUCGCCGUCAGCUGGCUGCCGCUGCACGCCUUCCAGCUGGCGGUGGACAUCGACAGCAGCGUGGUCUACAUGCGGGACUUCAAGCUGCUCUUCAGCGCCUUCCAUGUGGUCGCCAUGUGCUCCACCUUCGUCAACCCCAUCUUGUACGGCUGGAUGAACAAAAACUAUAGGAGCGCCUUCCUGUCCGUCUGCCACUGCUACCGCCCCUCUAAGGGCCACGCCCGCAUGCACAAAGGCACGCCAGGCAACGUCUUUCCGGGCUUCAAGUCCACCAAAGUCUGAGUCCCGAGAAACCGCGUCUUCUUCACAUGUCCAUGUCUUCUUGGUCUGAACCAGCCCAGCAGGCACAAGCCAUGAAAACAACGUUGAAAACUUCUUCAAUCACGUCCUGAGGCUGAGCAACUCAAACAUAACGUUGAAACAACAUGCUCUUUGACGAUGUUUAAUCAAUGUCAGGUUGUGAUGUUGAUUUGACCAUUGAAUUUUGGUCAUUUCCCAACCAGUAUUCUACAACACAAAUACAACGUUGAAACAACAUGC